CAAGAUCUCACAUCACACUACUCGCAAACGUAAAAUCUUUGGUCAUAUAAACCCUUCUCUGUCAUGCCAUUAUCAGAGAAUCAGCAUUGAUUAUGAGAGAAUGAUUGCUAGAUCGAACAUUUUCUCAUGCAUAGCGUAGAAGCAUUGUUAUUUGGAAGUAACAACAAUAGCGAUCAUGGAGAUGUCUUUGCAACUGAAUUGCAAAACGGUGUUGGACAAUAGAAUAACGUGCUUUGGCAAUGGCUUGUUCUUUCAUACCAUUAGCCAAUGCUCCCAACCAAAAUUCAAGGAUGGUCGACGCUCUAUUUGCAUCAAUGCUAGUGCAGAUUUUUCACGUAGGAGACAGAGGAGGAUCUUUAUUGCAAAGCCAAAGGACCAUGGUUUUGAUUCAAAGGGUUUCGUUUCGAGACCAUCCAUUAGAACAAGCCAUCAGCAAAAGGUUAAGAGAGAUUUGUCUACCUCGACACAGGGCGUUGUUCAAUGCAAUCUAGUUGGAGAAAAUGGAAGUGUUUAUAUAGUCGAUGAAAAGGAUGUUCUUGACACUUCCAACAUUGGGAAUGUUGAAUCUUCAAACGAUGUUGAUGACAUUGAGGAUGGAGUAACUAGGGAAACCAUAGUUGGAGAAAUAAAUGAUGAUUCUGAUGAUAUAGUAAAGAAAGAGGCUUCUAAAUUGUUGAAGCUACAAUUGGAAGCAAGUUUGCGCAGGCAAGAAAUAGAGAGGAUUGCACAGGAAAGCUUGUCACUACAAAACAAGUUGUUUGUAUAUCCUCCUGUGGUUGAGCCUGACCAAGAUAUUGAAGUGUUUCUUAAUAGAAGUAUUUCAACUCUAUGCAAUGAGCCAAACGUUUUGAUUAAAGGAGCAUUUAAUGAUUGGAGGUGGAAAUCUUUUACCAUUAGAUUAAACAAAACACACAUCCUUAAUGGUGAUUGGUGGUCUUGCCAGCUACAUAUUCCAAAAGAAGCCUAUAAAGUAGACUUUGUGUUCUUUAAUGGGCAAAAUGUCUAUGAAAAUAAUGACAAAAAGGACUUCUCCCUACUUGUUGAUGGUGGAAUGGAUCCAAUUGGAUUUGCGGAUUUCUUGAUUGAGGAAAAGUGUAAAGAAUUAGAAAGACUUGCUAAGGAGCAAGUUGAAAAGGAAGAACAGGAAAAAGAGAAAAGGAAAAUGGAAGCACUGAGAGUUGCACAAGAAGAGGACAUGUCACAAGCUAGGAUGGAGAUAGAAAAGAAGAAACAAGUGUUGCAACAGUUGAUGAAAAACGCAGUAAAAUCCAUGGACAAUGUUUGGUAUAUAAAACCUAGUGAAUUCGAAGGCAGAGACUUGGUCAGAUUAUAUUAUAACAAAAGAUCAGGUCCUCUUGCACAAGCUCAACAAGUAUGGAUUCAUGGGGGACACAAUAAUUGGAUAGACAAAUUAACAAUUGUUGAAAGGCUUGUCAAAAGUGAUUCCAAGAAUGGUGAUUGGUGGCACGUUGAUGUUGUUGUACCUGACCAAGCUGUUGUCCUGGAUUGGGUCUUUGCUAAUGGCCCACCUCAAAAUGCGAAUGUGUAUGAUAACAACAACCGUGAGGACUUCCAUGCUAUCGUGACAAAGGUUAUACCUGAUGAAAAGACUUGGAUUUGGGAAGAGCAAAGGAUAUAUAAAAAAUUGCAAGAGAAAAGGAGGUUAAGAGAGGAAACUAUACGCGCCAAGGUUGAAAAAACAGCAUGUAUAAAAGCUGAAACAAGGAAAAAAACUUUAGAAAGAUUUUUGCUUUCUCAAAAGCAUAUUGUCUUCACUGAGCCUCUUCAUGUUCAAGCAGGGAGCACAACGACUGUAUUUUAUAAUCCUUGCAACACAAACCUAAAUGGGAAAUUAGAGGUUUGGUUUAAAUGUUCAUUUAAUCGAUGGACUCAUCGUAAUGGUCCAUUGCCACCUCAGAAAAUGUUGGCUACAGAGAAUGGUACUUACGUCAAAGCCUUUGUUAAGGUUCCAUUGGAUGCUUACAUGAUGGAUUUUGUAUUCUCUGAGAAAGAAGACGGUGGAAUUUUUGAUAAUAACAAUACAAUGGAUUAUCACAUACCUGUUUUGGGAGGUACUGUGAAGGAAAUGCCCAUGCAUAUUGUCCAUAUUGCUGUUGAGAUGGCCCCAAUUGCCAAGGUUGGAGGCCUUGGUGAUGUUGUUACUAGUCUAUCACGAGCAGUUAGAGAUUUAAAUCACAAUGUGGAUAUUAUUCUUCCAAAGUAUGAUUGUUUGAACCUUAGCAAUGUAAAAGAUUUUCAUUAUCAUAAAAAUUACUUUUGGGGUGGAACUGAAAUAAAAGUAUGGCAUGGAAAGGUGGAAGGUCUAUCUGUCUUCUUCUUAGAGCCUCAAAACGGAUUCUUUCAUGUUGGCUGUGUGUAUGGUUGUGGGAAUGAUGCAGAGAGAUUUGGUUUUUUUUGUCAUGCUGCUCUUGAAUUUCUACAUCAAAAUGAAUUUCAUCCCGAUAUCAUCCACUGUCAUGAUUGGUCGAGUGCACCAGUUGCAUGGCUAUUUAAAGAACAUUAUAAACAUCACCAUUUAAGCAAAGUAGGGGUUGUGUUUACAAUUCAUAACCUAGAAUUUGGAGCUCAUUUCAUUGGAAAAGCAAUGACAUACACAGACAAAGCAACAACUGUCUCCCCAACUUAUUCUAAGGAGGUUUCUGGGAAUCCUGCAAUUGCCCCUCAUAUUCACAAGUUCCAUGGCAUUAUAAAUGGAAUUGACCCAGAUAUAUGGGACCCAUAUAAUGAUAAGUUCAUUCCUGUAUCAUACACAUCCAAAUAUGUUGUUGAAGGUAAAAAAGCUGCCAAGGAAGCCUUGCAAAAAAGGCUUGGUUUGAAAAAGGCUGACCUUCCUUUAUUGGGAGUUAUUUCUCGAUUGACUCAUCAGAAAGGAAUUCAUCUCAUGAAGCAUGCUAUAUAUCGUACCCUAGAGCGUGGUGGACAGGUUGUUUUACUUGGGUCAGCUCCAGAUUCUUGUAUCCAAAAUGAUUUUGUAAAUUUGGCCAAUCAAUUGCACUCUCAACAUCAUGAUCGUGUUAGACUCUGUCUUAUGUAUGAUGAGCCGCUAUCACACUUGAUAUAUGCUGGUGCUGAUUUCAUUCUAGUUCCUUCAAUCUUUGAACCAUGUGGUCUAACUCAACUCAUAGCAAUGAGAUAUGGUUCAGUACCCAUUGUUCGAAAAACCGGAGGACUAUGUGAUACUGUAUUUGAUGUUGAGCGUGAUAGGGAUAGAGCACAUGCACAAGGUUUUGAACCAAAUGGCUUUACUUUUGAUGAAGCUGAUGUUAAAGGUGUUGAUUAUGCCCUUAAUAGGGCAAUAGUUACAUGGUAUGAGAAUCGUGAUUGGUUUAACAAUUUAUGCAAGACAAUAAUGGAGCAAGACUGGUCUUGGAAUCGACCUGCUCUUGACUAUCUAGAGCUUUACCAUGCUGCACGUAAGUUAACAUGAGAUUUGACUAGACAGGAAUUAAGAUUCAGCCAUUUGUAUAAUACUUUGUAGUAAGUUUUUGUUUUAAACAAACAAAAAUGCAUAUGGCAAAUCCUACAUGAUGACAACUAUGAGGUGAAAAGCUAUAACAACAAGCUUUAAAUUGUUUACUUUUUAGCAAGCAACAAUUUAUGCCAUUUUAUGGCAAUUUUAUAUAU